AGGAAGGGGGGCUUCUUGCUUUAUGGUAGCCUCACAUUCAUUCCCUUUACGGUUUCCCCAACCUCGACCUCUAGAAUGGAAGAGACUGAACUGGUGAAGGAGAGACUCCAGGCCAUCACAGACAAAAGGAAAUUGCAAGAAGAAAUCUCACAAAAGCGUCUGAAAGUAGAAGAAGAAAAGCUAAAGCACCAGCAUUUGAAGAAAAAAGCCUUGAGGGAGAAAUGGCUUCUCGAUGGAAUAAACAGUGGAAAAGAACAAGAGGAAAUGCAGAAGCAAAAUCAACAAGACCAACACCAGAUCAAGAUCCUAGAGCAAAGCAUAUUAAGACUUGAGAAAGAGAUUGAAGAACUUGAAAAGGCAGAAUUACAAAUCUCAGCUCAUGAAGAGGCAAUUUUAAAGAAACUAAAAUCAGUUGAGAGAACAGCAGAAGAUAUUAUAAGGUCUGUGAAGGAGGAAAAGACAGAAAAACCAGAAGAGACCAUUGAAGACAUCUAUGCAAAUAUCCCUGACCUUCCAAAAUCCUACAUACCAUCUAGGUUAAGGAAAGAAAGAGAUGAAGGAAUAGAAGAGGAUGAGCAAAAUAGAAAAGCUUUGUACACCAUGGAAAUUAAAGUUGAAAAAGACAUGAAGACUGGAGAGAGCACAGUACUAUCUUCAAUACCUGUCCCAUCAGAUGACUUUAAAGGUACAGGCAUAAAAGUUUAUGAUGAUGGCCGAAAAUCAAUCUAUGCAGUCAGCUCCAAUCACCAUGUUGCCCUUAAUGGCACUGAUGACCUAGCACCCAUUGAGGUGGAAGAACUUUUAAGACAAGCUUCAGAGAGAAACUCUCAAUCUCCAACUGAAUAUCAUGAGCCUGUGUAUGCCAAUCAGUUUUGCAGACCUUUAACCCCACAGAAAGAAGGUAUAACCUCCGGACCAAAUCUUCGAGAAAAGAUGCACAUUCAAGCUAAUGGACUAGGCAAUAGUUUAAAUGGUUCUUCACACAACUUGGGAAAUGGAUUACAGAAGGACAAUCAUCUUAGUACCAUGAGACCAGUACCUCGCCCCAGAUCAGUUGUACACCAGACAGAAGAUAGUGUUCAUACCCAUCAAAAGAUGAUGCCAUCUAGGGAAGAAACCAAUAUGAUUCAAGAGGAAUGUGUGCCCUUGUCCAAGGCAAAAGAGAAUCCCCAAGAGUCAUCCAAUAGGAAGUCAGUACACCAGUGUUCUUCACCAACUGUCCAGGAAGAUGAAGAAGAUAUCAAGUACAAUGUUGUUCAAUCCAUGCCUUGUGAUAUAGAUGACUCGAAACCUGUUACCAUGAUUUUCAUGGGGUAUCAGCAGGCAGAGGAUGCUGAUGAAGAAGAAAGAAAGCUCCUAACAGGGUAUGAUGGAAUCAUCCAUGCAGAGCUGGUGGUAAUUGAUGAUGAUGAAGAGGAGGAAGUUGAAGCUGAGAAACCAUCUUAUCAUCCUGUUGGCCACUAUAGUAAGGUAUACCAACCUGCUAAGCCAACACCACUCCCCAGAAAGAGAUCAGAAAUCAAUCCACAUGAAAACUCAAGCCAUCAGUCACCUCACAAAAAAUCCAUAGCCCUGAAUGAACAAAAGGAAAGUUUAAACCACCCCAUCCACCAACCUAACCUUGAUGUCCAGAGAGCGGGAGAUGGGACAGAGGAUCCUUCCCUCACAGCGCUAAGGAUGAGAAUGGCAAAACUGGGGAAAAAGGUGAUCUGACAGAUGCUCGCUUGUGUAACCAAACAUUUCUGAAAGAAGAAAUUGAAGAAAUUUUUCACAUUCUCUUCUGGAUGAUUUUUCUGUUAUUCCUCUCCUGAAUUCCAUCCCCAAAGUGGCAUAAUGUGUGUAUAAAAACAUAUACAUGUUAUCUUCUUAGAUAUAAUACAUGCAUAUGCCAUGCAUUCGUGAUAGCCAUUAUUUGUGAAAAAAUAUGGAGAUACCUAGAAAAAACAAAUGUUUGCCUUUCGCAGUUAAAUAAUAUGCUUUAAGUGGGAAAAUUCCAGCAUAUUUUUAUUGAAUUGAUACCAAAGCAUUUCUAAUAAGAGCUUGUUAAAGUUAAGAAUAAAGUU